AUGUCCUGGUGCUCCCACAGCACCAGCUGCGCUGUCAGGAAUUUCAGCACUUCCUCUGCCGCUUUUCCCAGGAAUCGAUGUGGUUUCAGCGCUGCCUCGUGUCACUGGGGUGGUGGCAUGGGCUACUGUGGUUUGGGUCACUUCAGCAGCAGAAGUCUUGAUGGCAUGGCAUUCUCCAGGCCCAGAAUAUCUGUUGGAAAACAUCCUCCUCCAAGACGUGGAUAUGGCUUUGGUACAGCUGGCACAGGGUUCAGAGGCGCUGGCUUUGGCUACGGGGUUCACGGAGUCUCCAGGCCAUGCUCCAUCACACCCAUCACCAUCAACGAGCAGCUGCUCCAACCGCUCAAACUGGAACUCGACCCCAACGUGCAAAUGGUGAAGUACCAAGAGAAGGAGCAGAUCAAGACCCUCAACAGCAAAUUUGCUUCUUUCAUUGACAAGGUUCGAUUCCUGGAACAGCAGAACAAGGCUCUGGAGACCAAGUGGAGCUUUCUGCAGGGUCAAAAACACUGCAAGAAUACCAUUAUGCCCAUGUUAGAGGCUUAUAUCGGUAACCUGAAGAAGCAACUGGAAGCACUAGGAUGCAACAAAGCCCAGUUAGAAACAGACCUGAAAGCAGCACAGCAGAUUUUGGAAACCAACAAAAAAAUGUACAAGGACGAAUGCAGCCAGCGGACGUGCACCGAGGGCGAGUUUAUUGCCCUGAAGAAGGACGCGGACUGUUUUGUCUUAAACAAAGCAGAGCUGGAGGCCAAAGUGGAAAGCCUGAAAGAAGAGGCUGAAUUCCUGAGAACGUUCUACAAAGAGGAAACCCGCCAGCUGCGGGCCCAGAUCUCAGAUACUUCGGUGGUCAUGCAGAUGGACAAUAGCCGAGAUCUCAACUUAGAUGGCAUCAUCACGGACAUCAAGGCUCAGUACAAGGACGUUGCCCGCAGGAGCCGGGCAGAAGCACAGGCCUGGUAUGAAAGCAAGUUUGAGGGGCUGCGAGUCACUGCAGGCAGAAAUGCUGACAGCCUGCGAGAGACAAAAAACAAGGUAGCUGAGCUGACACGGAUAGUCCAGAGACUGAACGGAGAAGUCAGGAGCACCAAGGACCAGCGCUCCAAGCUGGAAGCCGCCGUGGCCGACGCUGAGCAGUGUGGGGAAAAGGCCGUCAAGGAUGUGAGGCACAAACUGGCCGAGCUGGAGACAGCCCUGCAGCAGAACAAGGCAGAGCUGGCCCAGCAGCUCCACAAGUGCCAGGAGCUCAUGAACGUCAAGCUGGCCCUGGACAUCGAGAUCGUCACCUACAGGAAGCUGCUGGAGGGCGAGGAGAGCAGGCUCUGUGCAAAAGAAGGCUUCCCUGCCAACCUCCGUAACUUUGCUCUGCCUUUUGCAGCUGUCUGCCAUUCGCAGGGAGGUCUCGCCUACGGCCCAGAGCCCGGCUUUGCAAGUGCCCACACAUCAGCCAACAGAAAGGCAUGCCGGAGCAGCGGCGCGGGGGUCUGCGGCACAGCCGUGAGCUGCCGGGACGGUGCGACCAGCAGCACGAGGAGCUCCCAUGCGAAGGCGGUGUCCAUGACCAAGUCAGCCAGGAGCAACAUGUAA